CUCAAAUUUAGAGACAAAGAUGAGUUAUUUGGGAGUCGGAGUUAGUCCCGGAAACGUUCCCGGAAGUAGUACUAAAAUGAAGCUGAUUGAUCGGAAAGUGAGAGUAACAGAGUUGAUUCUGAGGUCUUUGGUUUGUGUCCUUGCUCUCGUCGCUGCGAUUCUCGUUGCUACAGAUGUUCAAGUGAGAGAGAUAUUUACGAUUCAGAAGAAGGCUAAAUUCACCGACAUGAAGGCACUUGUGUUUUUGGUGGUCAUCAAUGGCAUAGCCGCGGGUUAUUCUUUGGUUCAGGCGGUUCGUUGCGUGGUGGGUUUGGUGAAAGGAAGCGUUUUGUUCAGUGAGCCACUGGCUUGGGCCAUUUUCUUCGGUGAUCAGGCGGUAGCAUACUUGUGUGUGGCGGGUGUUGCAGCAGCGGCGCAGUCUGCGGCCUUUGCAAAGCUGGGUCAGCCAGAGCUUCAGUGGAUGAAGAUUUGUGAUAUGUAUGGGAAGUUCUGUAACCAAGUGGGUGAAGGAAUUGCUAGCGCUUUGUUUGCUUGCAUUGGAAUGGUUUUGAUCUCUUGCAUUUCGGCUUUCGGUGUUUUUCGUUUGUAUGGUGGAUCAAAACCUCGGCAAAGCUCACGGUGGUGAAGGCCUGUACUGGUCUUGGACCAACCUUGUUUGCGGAACCUCUGUUAAAUGUUGUGGUGUGUGUUCUCUUUCUCUCAGUGUGUAUACCGUCUAUUACUACUGUCAUGAUCUCAGCUGCUCUAGAAAUGUAAUCAUAUGACAAUUAUGGUUGUUUAAUGUGAAUAAUUACAUGUAUUUUGU